CCUCUGAGGUGCCACAUGCAUGCACGGCUCCCUACACACGCUCGGGCUGGGGCAGCAGCAGCAUCACACAGACAGAGAGCAGGGUGGCUGGAGACGAGAGGAGAGGAGAGAAGAGAAGAGAAGAGGAGAGAAGAGAAGAGAGAGGGUGUGAGAGCAGACGCGCAGCCUCGCCUGCACCAGGAUCCGUGCAGGGCGUGUGGAUGUGAUGCCCACCCGGAGAGAGAUGGUGUAAACAAACCAGCUCUGCCCCGUUACUCAGCUCCACCGCGGAGGUUUGCAUGCCAUUAUGUUGAGCCGGCUGUUCAGCGAGGUGCUGCCGGACGUGCAGCGGCUGGCGGCGGACUGGGCGGAGGCCAGCGAGGGCGAGGAGGGCAAGGCCGGCGACGAGCUGGACGCCGGAGGCCUGGAGGACGAGCUGGACGAGGCGGAUGAGGAGGGCAGCAGCCGCGCGGAGUCCGACAUGGCCGGAGACGACGACGACGACGAUGAGGACGAGGCCGAGGAGGACUGCGGGGACGAGAACGAGCCGGGAGACAAGCCCAAGAAGCGCGGCCCCAAGAAGAGGAAGAUGACCCCGGCCCGGGCCGAGCGCUCCAAGGUGCGGCGCAUGAAGGCCAACGCGCGGGAGCGCACCCGCAUGCACGACCUCAACUCCGCGCUGGACAACCUGCGCAAAGUGGUGCCGUGCUACUCCAAAACCCAAAAACUCUCCAAAAUAGAGACGUUAAGGCUGGCUAAGAAUUACAUACUGGCCCUGGGGGAGAUCUUACGCAACGGGAAGCGUCCAGAUGUGGUGACCUACGUGCAGAUGUUGUGCAAGGGCCUGUCCCAGCCCACCACCAACCUGGUGGCGGGCUGCCUGCAGCUCAACACCAGGAACUUCCUGACGGAGCAGUGCACGGACGGAGCCCGCUUCCACAUGCCCAGCUCCCCGUUCUCGGUGCACCCGUACUCGUACCGGUGCUCCCGGCUGUCCAGCCCGCACUACCAGCCCGGGGGGCCCGGGGCCGGGGCCGGGGCCCUGGGCCUGCGCAGCCACGCCUCCUACGGCUCCGGGUUCGAGGCCCCGUUCCCUCCCCCGGGAGGGGGGGCGUCCCCCGACUACAACAGCCCGGACUACGAGGCCCAGCACAGCCCGCCCGUGUGCCUGAACGGCGGGCUGUCCGGGAGGCAGCAGGAGCCCCCCGACACGGACAGGAACUAUCAUUACUCUAUGCAUUACUCCGGACUGAGCACGGCUCGAUCCGGACAGAGCUUACCCUUUGGCCCCUCGGGAGCGCGCAGCGCGGGCGGCGCGCACUCAGAAAACAUUCCACCAAAUUUCCACGACGUGCACUUGCACCACGACAGGCCCCCCCAAUAUGAGGAUCUCAAUGCUUUUUUCCACAACUGAGCUCAGUGAUCUGACUCAUGGGACUUUACCAAUGGCGAUGAUGACGUCUAAUUUUAUUUAGAAAAUACUGGAGCUCCAAAUGAAAUAUGGAAGUGGCGGAGAGCAUCCUCUGAUUAUCUUCUGUAUUCUACCGAUGUCAUCCUUAUAUUGUACACCCUGUGUCCUCUAUUAUCCUGUAUGCAGAAUGAGUGCAAUUGACAUUAACGAUGUAUCAACCAACAAGAGACAUGUGAUGACAAAAC